GCUGCUAAUAUUUCUAUGUCAACACUACCGAGGCACUGAGAGCAGCCCAGCACCCUCUGUUCUUCAGUUCGAGCAUUUUUUCCAAAACAUUAGUGGUUUUCCUCGUUUACUGAUGAAACUUAUCAUAUACCAGUCAGAGCAUUCACUGUCCAAGAACUUAGCCGUCGGACUACAACUUGCAAAAAACAUUUUUUUCAGCGAUGUAACUGAAGAGGCGUUCGUUUGAUCAACCGUCGAAGAGACCACAAACUGUAUGAGGCUGAAUAAUGAAUCCAUUUGACUGGGAAGAUGCUCUUCGAAGACUGCAGACGCACUUGGUCCCAAAUAACAGUGGUGUUAAUAACAGCAUGGAAAAUGUCUUAAGAACUAGUAAUGACUGUGACACUUACUGCGAAUACUCAAGAUACACUAUUGAUGACCCACACAAUAGCACAGGAGUGAAUGUGGGAUGGGAGGAACACAGUCCUGCCUCCCAUAACUUUUACAGUAAGGAUUUAGAAGUCGAGAACCCGGAUGGAGAACCACUGGAAAUAGAUGAGGAGGAUGCAGAGCUGGCAAGAAAGCGGAAAGAGCUUAGAGUGAUAGAGGAGCGAAUAAUAUUUAAGAGAGCUACCCUUGCUUUGAAAAAGGUUGAACCAUUUGUGAAGAACACAACACCACCAGGCCUUUCCUGUAAUGAACAGUCAGCUACAUGCGAAGGUGAAACUCUUCGAGACAGAGUGAAAUUAAUUUUGCAGAAACGACAUUCUGUCAGCUUUCUGUCAAAGGUCCAGUCACCAAGAGAGAGAAUGAACACAUCCAGCCUGAGCAGAGGUCGUUUGCUACUUGAGGAUCAUCCCCUGAAACGGAGAGUGAAGGCAGUUCUGCAGCAGAGACAUUGUGACCCAUGUGUGCUACCAACAAAUAUGGAGGUCCCUGAAGACACCCCGCAUCCUCCCUGCCAAAGUGUUACCUCACUAGCCAAUGAGGAGAGCAGCAACAACAAGGGUUUCCAGCGCUUUCUCAGUGUGCUCAACAAAGGAGUGGACAUCGACUUGCUCAGCAGGAUUGUCAAUGAUGACAGUGAGGAUCUUAAUUUAGGUGAGGAGCUUCUGAACAUUCAGCCCCCAGCUGUGGAGAACAAGAAGUCAGAGCUGCCCUUCAGAAGCGAGAGCCAGAGACCAAACAGUGGAGCCUCCCUGCCGGGCCACAGUCGGACCAACAGUGGAGAGAGGAAGACUGACCCGCUCAGUCGAGAGAGAUCCCCUAAUGAGAGACUCCUCCUGCCUGGUGAUGAGGAAAAAAAGAAAGACAGACGAGAUGACUCUUUUAGCUCUAGUAGUCGAUCGAAGUCUCCCCCAGCAGUGAAGAAGAAGAAAGAGGAAGAAAAACAAAUGGUGGAUGAGCAGCGUGAGCAGCUGCAGAACAUUCUUAAAACUCUUGGGUUGACUCUGGAAGUGGAGGAGAUGAGCAAACUAGCAGACCGGACUCAGGAGAGGCUGUAUGGAAAGAAGCAUGAAGGCAAGUUAGGGGCUGACAGCAGAGGGGAGCAGGUGAGUCGACAGAGAGGUUCCCACAGACAUUGCAGGAGCUCCUCAUCCUCCUCGUCAUCCGCCUCCUCCUCAAGGUCAACCUCCAGGAGUUUUAGUCCCAGCCCUUCUCGCCAAUACCGCUCUCACAGCAGAGACUCAAAACGAAGGCGAGCGUCUGAAAGCAGCUGCUCAAGAGACAGUAGAGAAAGAAGCAGAAGCAGAGAUGGACUAACACAUCAAGAUGGCAGCCAGGACAACAAAGAUGCACAGAGGGCCAGGGACAAAGACAAAGAUAGAAAAGACUCCCAAGAAAUCUCUACUUAUCAUCAUCCGUAUUCACAAGAACAGACUUAUUCCCAUCCCCACGCUGCUGCUUUUCCUGCAUAUCCAGAUUACAGCUUGUCCCAGUGCCCUGAGUACACUGCCUACCACAGUGGCACAUACAGUGCUGCUACAAAUUCUUAUUGGACAUAUACUCAGGGUGCCAUUCCUCCCUCCCUUGAUCCCAGUGGUUAUCCUUAUCCACAGAACACCACACUUCACUUUCCCAGUUCUGUAGUGGCACCUAACAUGAUGUAUGAUAAUUCCUUUGAGGACAUUAACUUACUUGUGAAUCCAGACCUGUCUAAGAGUGAAGGCCAGAUUGGAUCAGCUUCUGACCAUCGCUGCUUGCGGGUCAUCACCACUAAGCAGUCAACCACUCAGAGCUGUCUAAAGCAACUCACUAAAGGUCCCAAGAGGACGGCAAAAUACAGAAGGCAGUGUCGUAAAUGGUUUCAAAAGUUAAAAGAGAGAAAGAAACAACAGAAAAUGGCUGCAAAAAUGAAGAGAGAACAGGGUGUGGCAAAGGUGGAGGCUUCACAGGGUGAUGAAGAUAACUCCAAAACGGAGCAGUCAGGAAAUGAAAAAAAACAGCUGACAGAGGAGGAGAUAAAGGUGAACCUGAGGAAAAAGCUUGAAGCAUUUAACCAGAAGGUGAAGCAAAAAGUCACACAGCCAGCCAGCUCCCUAACGAACUCCCUCACCUCUCAGACGGGUUGAAGUGAGUAACUUUCAGUGUGAGAGCAUCUUUGUCAGAGAACUGAAAUCCAGUAAAUGUUUGGGACUGUUUCUGUCUUGUAAGUAUACAUCAAAUGAAAUGUGAACUUCAAUUAAUAUUUUACCAGUAUCUUUCAUAAUAUACAGUUAACAUGCAUUAUGUAUUCAUACAUUAUACUCCAACUUAGGUAAAAAAAAAACAACAAAGCCGUUUUCUUCCUCCCUGAAAUCUUGCUGUAAUAUAGAAUUUAAUCUCCAUAACAAUGAAAUUACAAUAGAAUUAAGUCUUCAUGAACUGUAGUCAAUGAAGAUUUGAUUGCAAAAUUGAGUAACUCUCAUUUGGUCUCGUGUGUUUACUAGUUUUCUCUCAUUUAUCUGUAGAUCUGUGGAGUGUCAAGACUGUCUUAAAUCUGAAUCUGACGUGAGCCGUGACAGACCGUGAGGACCUGAUGUUUAACACUCAUCACUUACACAUGCAGUUCAUAGUGUAACAGGACCAUUUUGAAUUUAGGUCAUAUUUCCAGAUUUGUACUGAAUCCUUCUCAAACUUUAACAAGUAAAUUAUAUCUUCUUCAAAAGAAUAUUUUUGUGCAAUUAAAUGCCAUUUGGCAAGACAGGUUUUACUCA